CCAUAAUAUCCCAACCAACCCUGCCCCUCCAUCUUUCUCUAUAUCUAUAUCUUUCUUUCUCUCCUAUCAUAUUUGUAACUUUCCUGAUAAUUAAGUUAGAGUUCCGUUACAACUUUAGUGCAAGGAGUUCUAAAUUCUCUAGUCUUUAGAAAAAUGACAGAGGAGCAACCCAAAAAGGUAGAGUCCGAAUCCCCAUCGGAUCCUCCUGCACCUGAUCAACAUGAAACUGAACCUGAACCUGAAGCUGUUGUUCAUGCCGCUCCAAAGGAUGAUAGGCUUGAGGAGAAAUCUGAAAUUCCACAACCCUCUCCUCCUGAUAAUAAACCUGCUCACGACUCCAAAGCUCUUGCCAUAGUUGACAAGACUCACGAAACUGCUGAAGAAAAACAAUCUGAGGGCUCUGUCGACCGAGAUACAGUGCUUGCAAGAGUUGCAACAGAGAAGAGGCUUUCACUAAUCAAAGCCUGGGAAGAAAAUGAGAAGUCAAAAGCAGUGAACAAAGCUCACAAAAAGCUUUCAACCAUCUCAGCAUGGGAGAACAGUAAGAAAGCUGCUACGGAGGCUGAAUUGAAAAAGAUUGAAGAACAACUGGAGAAGAAAAAGGCAGAAUAUGAGGAGAAAUUGAAAAAUAAAAUAGCUACAAUCCACAGGCAAGCUGAAGAAAAGAAGGCAAACAUUGAGGCCAAAAAAGGGGAAGAUUUCCUGAAGGCAGAGGAGACAGCUGCAAAGUACAGGGCAACUGGAACAGGUCCAAACAAACUCAUUGGUUGUUUCUAAUACAUCACUUCUCGAGCCUGAUUAACAAAAAUGUUGUAUUAUGGUUGUGUAUUUCUUCCUUAGUACAUGUGCGCUAUGUUGUCUUUGGUGAGUUCCAGUCCAUGCUCAUUUAUUGUGUGCACAGUGACAAGUUGGUGCAUAUAUACCAAUUACUCUAUGUAUAAAGAAAUUGCAUUACUCAAUUUGGGAAUAAUAGCAUUAAUCCACUAA